AUGGCCGAGGAUCGAGAUCGCAGAGUUGGAGGAUGGAUGGAUAGACAGACAGACAAGCGCAAGCACCCGCUCCCGAAACCACCAACCCCAGAAGGCGGAUACCAGAGCCAGCAGGCGAGAAGCAGAGCCAAUAUGAGAGCCAAUGCGAGAGUCAAUCAGGUCAGCUUGGGGGAUGCCGUGGCCAUGGCUGCGGCAGCGUGGAGCGAGGGCCAUUGUGGAGCGAUGGCCAGCGUGGAGCCCAGCGUACCAGGGAGCACUGGGCGUGGGAGAUGUGGGCCCAACACGGAUGGCGACAGACGGCGAAGGAGGAGGGGUGGCUAUCGCAAGGUUGCCAGCAAUCCGCUUGGAUUCCCGAUCCCCAAUCUCAAUCCCCAAUCCCCAAUCCCCGAUCUCCUCGCUCUCGUGUCCAACGUCCCGUAUCCCGCGCGCCUGUACCCGGUGACCCAGUCCGUUUCUUGUCAGCGCUCCCAGGGUGCUGGCAUCGAUCCACGGAUCCCUGCUCGGCCCUGCCCUGCUUCUGCCGUGUUCAUGAAUUCAGGUCGUACAGGCGAUCGAUGCGCACCAAAGUCUCCGGAUCUACCAUCAGAUCCUGGGCCUGACCAUCGUACGAAGCGCGGUGGUGCCGCUGGCAAGCUGGGCACUUGCUUAGCCGGCCUGGGUCGCCGCUGGUCUGGAGUCGACAAAGAAUCAACAAAUGACCGACACGUUGUGUGGACCGAUGCUUUUGAGGAACGAGGAGGCAAGCGCCACACAAACCGUCAGCGACUGAAAGAAGCCUGGAUUGGAAUGGAAUGGCAUGGUGGUGAUAGGUGCUUACCACGUGCCGUAUGUGUGCCGUACGUGCGCCUUGCCGCCUUUCCUGAUGCUGGGGGAAGGAGGUAUGUUGGAGUGAACAGCUUCGUUCCUGCCUCGUUCCUCCUGCCUCGUUCCUCCUUCCUCGUUCCUCCUUCCUCGUUCCUCCUUCCUCACACGGCCAUGGUAGAUCCUUCCUAA